AUGUAAGUAUUAAGAUUUGAUUAGUUAGUUAACAGAAGUCCAUAAAUCGAAGAGCUUUGCAAAUGUAUGAUUUGUUUGGAAAUAUUCAUUGAUCCAAUGUGUUGUGAAAGUUGUGAAAAUCAUUUUUGUUAAACCUGUUUAACAACUUGGAGUUAGAACCAAUCAGCACGAAGUUGUCCUGUUUGCAAUAAACUUAAAGAAAAAUAAGGUUAACGUAUUUUAAAGAAUAUGCUUAAUGAUCUUGAUGUUUAUUGUUGUUAUAAAUAAAAUGGAUGUCUAGGAAUUUUGAAAUAUUCUGAGUACUUCUUUCACAUUAAAUCAUGUCAAUUCAAAUAAGUAAAAUGUGAAUAUGAAGGAUGCAAUUUGGAUAUUCUUUUAAAAGAUAAGAAUCAACAUGAUAAUAUUUGUCCUUUUAAACUUUUAUAAUGUAAAUGGUGUUCAUAGGAGAUAUUAAGAAAACAACUAGAACAACAUGAAUUAAAUGAAUGUUUAUAAAGAAAAGUUCAAUGUGGUAAAUGCUCAUCUGAAGUUCCAAUUCUAAUUAUGAAAAAUCAUAUAGAUACAUGUCCAGAAAAUAUUGUAACAAUAAUAUUUAUUAUCUUUUAUAGUAUAAAUGUUAAUUAUGUUUAUCUGAUAUAAAGUUAAAAGAUCUAGAAUUACAUGAUAAAAAUGAAUGUCCUUAAGUUAUUAUCAAAUGUUCAGGAUGUUAAGAACAACUUAAAAGAAUUUUAAUGAUAUAACACAAGUAAACAUGCUUAUUAGUAGAAAUUGAAUGUGAGAAUUGUUAAUAAUAGAUAUAAAGGAAAGAUUUAAAGGAUCAUACAAUUUCAAAAUGUUUUAAAACUCUUAAAUAAAUUAUCUCAGAUUAGUAAAGGUAAAUUAAAGGUUUAUAUACAUUCUGUGAAGAACUUUCAUAAUAAGUUAAUUUAUUAUCUUAAUUGUAAUAAUAAAUUAAAUUUUCUAAAUAUUUAAAACAUAAGGAUAUAGAUGUUAUUAAUAAUGGUAAAAUUGUGCAAUUAAAUUUAAAUGAAAAUAAAAAAUUUGACAGAUUUAUUGCUAUUAAAAAUUCAAAAAAUAAACCUAUUGAAAUUGAAUUUCUUUAUAUCUCAGAUUUUAAUGUCUCUGUUGGAAUUACAUAAAGAUAAAAUAUUUUUAAUCCAAAGGAUUUUUCAAAAUUUAAUCAUUAAUCUUAUUUAUUUUGUGCAAAUGGCAUAGUAUAUAUUGAUGACAAUAAAGAGGAGAACGGGAAAAAAAAAAAUUUUGGUUUCGUUAUUGGCCAAAAAUUAGAAUUGCUUUACAACGACCAAUUCGUAAGCAUAAAAAAUUGCACUACUUAGUAAUAUCUUAAAUAUAAUAUUUCUUUUUAAUACUUUGAUAAAGAUGAUAUUGAACUUUAUCCUGUUCUUUGUUUAAGAAAUAAUUUUGAUAAAGCUCGUAUUUUAAAUUGA